AUGGCUCCUGUGCUCGAUGCUCCGCAGACCGUCGAUUGGAUGGGCAAAAAGGUGCCCGUCUGGUCCAUGCCCACCGUCAACUACGGCCUCUUGCUCUCCCAGGACCCCAGCGAGGUCGACAAGGUCGUCAACGCCUGCAAAGAGGAGGGAUAUUUCUACCUCGACCUCCAGGGCAUCGACGGCCGCCGCAUGUUGGCGGAUUCGCAGGAUACGCUGACGCUGAUGAAGCGCUUCUUUGAUGCGCCGCUCGAGGCCAAGAAUGAAUUUGGUCUGAUUUCCUCGCAUCUUGGCCGCACUGGUGUAGCGGCCGGAUCCAAGGAUGGCUACGAGAUGCUCAAGGUGUCCCGCGACGAGAUCCAGCGCGACAGCCCCAAGAUCCCCGCACCCGUCAAGAACAGCGGCGAUCUCCGGAUUCUCGAAAACUCCAUCGGCAGCUGCAACACCGUCACAAAGGUGAUUCUGUCGGCCCUCUCCACCGGCAUGGGCCUCACCGGCGCCAGUCGCUUCGAAAACUCGCACCGCAACGAGAGGCCCUCCACUACUACUCUCUCCAUGAUGCACUACCUUCCCAGCGAGCUCGCCGGCGAGAACCGCAUCGGCCACCAGAAGCACACCGACAUCAGCACGCUCACGCUGCUCUUCAGCGAGCAGUGGGGUCUGCAGGUCCGGCCGCCGGGCACCUGCGGCGCGCGCGAGAUGGGCUUCGUCGCGCCCAAGCCCGGGUGCGCGUUUGUGCACGUGGGCGACUCGCUGCGGUUCGCGAGCGGCAUGCAGUUCCAGAGCUGCAUCCACCGCGUGGUGCCGUUCGACCCCGCGGAGCACCGGUACUCGAUUGCGUACUUUUUGCGCGCCGAGGACGACACCAUGUUCAUCGACUCGGAAGGCCGCGCCAUCACGGCCGGCCAGUGGCACGAUGAAAAGUUCAAGGCGUUUACCGACCCGGAAGUCUGGCAGGCCAUGGCGCCCAAGUCCAUGAUCCUGGGCGGUAUGAAGGAGGACGGCGAGGAUGCGCCCAUUACUGGCCUGGGCCGGGCGGCCCCCACUCAGACGGCGGUGCCGGCCAAGGCUUAA